AAUUCUCAACCUCCAUCCAUCAUCUUCUCCCCGUUUGCGUAACCACCACCGCACCGUUCAAUUAUUUCUCCCCCAUCACCUUUCCCUAUGCCACACCAUCCCACACCAUCCCACUUCUUCAAUCAAUUACUCUCUCUCUCUCUCUCUAUAUUCAUUCACCACUUUCUCUCUCUAAAACCACCUUCAUUAUUAUUCGUAACCUCUACGCUUCCAUCUAAUCGCCAGCCACUCGUAUCUUGUGACGUUUUUCUCUCUCAGGUUGUCCGUGUACUGUUUACUUAAAGAUGUUGGGAGGAAGUAACACCAAUUCAUUAGUCCCUGUCUUCCUUGAUGAGAAUAUCUUUCAGUAUCCUUCAAACCAAUUGCAGCUAUUUGGUAACGGAGUACCAGCCGCCCAUAAUGUUGAGCAGAUAAAUUAUUCCGGUAAAGACCAUAAUACCCCUGUAUUCCGGUCCCAUAAACGCCCAAGGGAAGCUGAAGCUAAUUUAAUGCAGAAGAAGCUACAGAUAUCAUUGAACCAGAAUUUUUAUAAUGAAGAAUCUGAUCGGCCAUCAACCAUUCAAAACCCACAUCAUGUAUCUACUGGAUUAAAGUUAUCAUAUGAUGAUGAGGAACGCAACUCAUCAAUCACAUCUGCAAGUGGAAGCAUGCCAGCAGCACCAUCAAUUAUGUCUUCUUUUGGUGAGAGUGUCACAACUGAACUUGAUCGACAAAAUGAAGAACUCGAAAGAUACAUUAUGCUUCAGGGAGAUAUUAUGGUUAAAGGAGUAAAGGACAUUAGACAAAGACACAUGUCUUCAUUUCUGGCUUCUAUCGGUAAAAGCAUAGACAAGCAGAUGCGUGAAAAAGAUCUCGAAAUAGAGACAAUAAACCGUAAAAACAAAGAACUUGUGGAAAGAAUCAAACAAGUGGCAACCGAAGCCCAAAAUUGGCACUACAGAGCAAAAUACAACGAGUCAAUAGUCAACAUGUUAAGGUCAAACCUACAACAGGCAUUAGCACAAGGAGUUGACCAGGUCAAAGAAGGGUUUGGUGAUACAGAUUUAGAAAACGAUGCUGUUUCAUCUAUAGACCCGAACAAUUACCUUGGAUUGGCUAAUGGUGGGCCCCGUAAAGAGCGUGAUAAUAACAUGAUAUGCAAAGCAUGCAAUGCGAAUGAGGUGUCGAUUCUGGUGAUGCCGUGUAGGCAUUUGAGUCUGUGUAAAGAUUGUGAUAGGGGUUUGAGUGUUUGUCCCGUGUGCCAAUGUGUGAAAAGCAUCGGUGUUGAAGUGUACAUGUCGUAAAAUAUAGGCAUCAUGGUUGUGGUGUCCCUCAAAGUUUAACUUGUGAAAUACAUUGUGGUUACUCAUAUAUGUUUAAAUCAUCUGGGGGGAUUGUAAUUUUUGCGUCCAUGCAUGACGUGCUUCGGUUUAUACUUCCAUUCAAGUUGA